CUAUCAUAUACCUACUUACUAAGUCGUUUACACAACCCAAACCCUCAUUCUAAGAGAUGGGGUCUCACACACAAAACCUCUCUUUUCUUAUCCUCCUUCUCCUAGGCUUCCUUGCUGUCUCAUUCGCUUGCGAAUGUAGCCCUCCUAAACCAUCUCCGAGACCCCACAAACCGCCUAAACAUCCCGUCAAACCGCCUAAACCACCAGCAGCCAAACCACCAAAACCACCGGCAGUAAAACCUCCUAAACCCCCCACCAAACCUCCCACCCUUAAACCACACCCCCACCCUAAACCUCCCACCGUUAGACCACAUCCACACCCUAAGCCCCCUACCAAACCUCAUCCCAUCCCAAAACCGCCCACCGUUAAACCACCACCCUCCACACCCAAACCGCCCACAAAACCACCCACCGUUAAACCACCUCCAUCCACCCCUAAGCCGCCCACCAAACCACCCACCGUCAAACCACCACCCUCCACCCCAAAACCGCCCACCAAGCCACCCACCGUCAAACCACCUCCGUCCACCCCUAAACCACCUACCCACAAGCCACCAACAGUGUGCCCACCGCCAACACCAACACCAACCCCACCUGUUGUAACGCCACCAACACCACCAACACCAACUCCACCAGUCGUUACGCCACCAACACCAGCCCCACCUGUUGUAACGCCACCAACACCAACACCACCGGUCGUAACGCCACCGACACCAACCCCUCCUGUCGUAACACCUCCAACACCACCGGUCGUAACGCCACCGACACCAACUCCUCCUGUCGUAACACCACCAACACCACCGGUCGUAACGCCACCGACACCAACCCCUCCUGUCGUAACACCUCCAACACCACCGGUCGUAACGCCACCGACACCAACCCCUCCUGUCGUAACACCACCAACACCAACUCCACCUAAGCCAGAAACGUGCCCAAUCGACACGUUGAAGCUAGGCGCUUGUGUAGACGUUCUUGGAGGUUUAAUUCACAUCGGGCUUGGUGGAAGUAGCGCCAAGAAAGAGUGUUGUCCGGUUUUGGGAGGCUUAGUUGACUUAGACGCAGCUGUUUGUCUAUGUACCACCAUCAAAGCCAAACUUCUCAUCGUCGACCUUAUUAUCCCCAUUGCUCUUGAGCUUCUUAUCGACUGUGGAAAGACUCCGCCACCUGGCUUCAAAUGUCCCUCUUGAUGAAUGAAGUGUCUCUCUAUCGUGUUUUUCUUUCUUUCUUUCAAGAAUUUGUUAGUUUGAUAAUCUCUUGGGUGAGGUUAAUUUGCGUGUGUGAGACCUUUAAUCACUUGUUUUGUUGUACAAUAAAAGGCUAUGUUUGGGUUUUGUUGAUGUAAUUCUAAGAAGAAGAAAUAAAAAAUGUAAAACGGUAUAAUUAUCUUUCAACAAAAACAAGUUAAUAUUUCA